AGCCUAGCUUGGGUCCCGCCCCGGGUAUAGCACGCCUAUAGCCGAGCCGAUGGCGAUGGUCUUCUCGGUGUCCCUGGCCGGCGGUGCAACUUAUGAAGUUGAAGCCGAGCCGCGGGAUUCCGUGAGCCAUUUGCGUCUGAAGUUGGAGAAGCAGAUCGAGGUGCCCGAAGCUUGCUACCUGAAGAUGUUCCACUCGACCGAGGUGCUGCCCGAGGGGAAGUUAGUCUCGGAGCUGGACGCAGAGCAGCCCAUCUUCGCCGUGGUGGCGCGGGAGACUGACGUGGAGAAGCUGCUGCAAGCCGCAGGCUCUUACAAUGGCUACAAGGAGCUGCUCAAGCGAGCGGGCUCACCCGGAGGAGCAACGAACAUCAAGGUGAUCCCCGUGAUUCCAUCAAUUCUUGCAGUGCUGGAGGACAUGGGAGGAUUGCCAGUGACGAUAGAGCACUUGAAGAGUACGGAGCACGGCCUGGAGAUGAGCACUCAGGGCCACCUGCUGCUGCCAGCACUCAAUGCGGAGCCUUUGCUCAGCCUCAACAAGAAAGAGCGCUUCUCGAAGGUUGUUUACCGCGUGCAGCUGAACUCGGACGCUUACAACCGAGGUCUUGGUGUGGUCUUUCAGCAGUCCCCUUUCAUGGACAGCACUGUGGAUAGUAAGGGCCUGCCAUCCUACAUCUACAAUGGCUACGGCUUGGAGGGGGACAAGAACUGCAAUGCAAUUAAGUUCCAUCCUGCAAUGGAACAAGGACAACUGAGAGUCGAAGGAGUCGGAGGCUUCGGGAACUCCGAUAUGGGCUUUACCCCGCAGAACUGGACACAGUCUGGGCACAAGUUCCACUCCUUCGAGGUCACCAUUGGCGCGGAUGGCAAGAACAAUCUGAGAGUGGUGGGAACUGAAGGUGAGAUUUUUAAGAAGUCCUGGAAGAACAUCCUCACCGAUGGGAAGCAUUUGCCUGCGCUUCAUGGUUGGCUGGACAUGGGCGGCGAAGCGCUCAUGCUGGGAAAGAUCGCGCUGGAGGUACACCUUGCAUGAACUCCUCAAUUCAACGGGUGCUGCACGUUUGGUGCUGCUUGCAACUCGCUCAGCGCGAGCUUGACAAUGACACCACGAUUGAUUGCUGGUCAGUUUUCGGGGCUGAGGAACUGUGCUCGAGGCAUGCGACCCUGAGCAAGUCUAAGUGCCCAUUUGGAACUUCAAGGCUCCAGAACCGCUUAAAGCGUACGCCUUGAAAGUGCAA